AUGUGUAAGGGAUUAGCAACACUGCCAGCAACCUGCUUAAAAAGUGCCAAAGACAUCAAACACAAGAUUGGCUUUCUGCUUCAGAAGCCUGAGUUUCCAACAGACCAGAAACAGGUCAAAGAGAAGACGACCGCUUAAAACAAACAUACAGUCAAUAAUACAGUGAAAAAUAAAGUUUCACCUGCUGAUUUGGAGAAAUGGAAGCUGUCCUUCAACAACCUGAUGAAUUGUGAAGGUGGUCGUACUGUGUUUACUGCGUUCCUGAAGUCAGAGCUCAGCCAGGAGAACUUGGAAUUCUGGAACGCUUGCGAGGAAUACAAAAAGUCUGCCCCAAACAAGAUGGCGGUCAAAGCUAAAGAGAUCUACGAACAGUACAUUGAGGCAGACUCUCCAAAUGAGGUGAACCUGGACUCAGCAACGCGAGAGGAGACCAGACAGAACCUGUCUAUUGCCGGCUUAUCCUGUUUUGAUGACGCCCAGCAGAAGAUCUUCACUUUGAUGGAGAAAGACUCAUACAGAAGGUUCCUCCACUCCAAACUGAUCCAGGAUCUGUCCCUGUUGAGCACCACCACCCCACUCUGUGCACUGAAGAAGAUAGGAGGGAAAAUAGGCUGUUCUGAGAACAGAUGUGGUGCAUAG